AUGGAGGCACUAGCCGGCCCUGCCAGUGUCAUCACGGUAGCAUCACUUGCAAUCCAAGUCUGCGAAGAACUCAAAAAAGUCCACGAGUUCUGGCAAUCUGUGAAAGAAGCUCCGGAUGACGUUGCACACGUCUCUACAGAGAUAAAUCUUUUCCUGGCCUGGCUUGCCAUAAUCGCAAACAAUUAUCAGCGGCAGGGUCUCAAUCAUAAAAGUCCUACCGAAGCUGCCGCAACCGAAACGCUGAAAGUAUGUCUGGCAACGGCCCACGAUAUGAAUGGGGUGGUCAAGCAUGUGGAGAGCGGUUACUCCAAGGGAUCCUUGACCAGGCGAUGGGCAUCAGUGAAGUUCGUCUUUCGAAAGGACAAGACGGGAAAGAUUAUGGCACAAAUCGAACGGAUGAAGGCGCUUCUCAUCAUGGUACAGAAUUGCUACCUAGGAGACAUGCAAGAGGCAGGCUUCAAGUCCCUGUCACUGAGCUUACGGCCUGAAGAUCACCCACUGCAAACCACCGACAUUGAGCAUUCUUUUAACACAACAACUACAGCUUCCGCAGACGAGGAUUUAGUAAUUGAGACUCGGCCGCUACAACCAACACCAGAAUCGUUGGUUGAACUGGUGUCUUUCAGUCCAACGGCAUCGCCCCCAGCUCCUCGUCGGCCGAAGCAUCGCACGAAGAACCAAGAGAGAGCUUACAACUUUGGACUUGCCAUGCUACGACUCGUGGCCACGGACCAAGAAUCUAUCUUUUUCGAAGAGUCUGGCAAGGAGCGAAGGAUAUUCUCAAGGACGAUUCGCUAUGAUCUUCGCCUAGCACAGUGGCUAUCAUCUCGCGGCCUCUCAUGGUACCCCUUCGGCAUCUACGGCAACUGGAAGGAAAAUCUCCGCACGUUCCGGUAUGUCCCGCAGGACUCACUCAUCGUGGACUUCUGUGUUGAAGGAGAUCUUGCAAAUGUUCAAAGAAUGUUUGACAAGAGGAUGGCAUCACCGUUUGAUCGCGUGGAUAGAGGUUUUCGCGGAGACUGGAGUCUUUUACACUUCGCCAUCGCUAAUUGCCAUACGCAACUGUGUAAAUUCCUAAUCGAAUGUGGUCUAGGGCGCAGUAGUGCGUCUGGUAUUUCAGAGUAG